AGAGUAAGUUGGCAUGCUACCUCUCUGGUUCAUAGCAGCUCCCACCGAAGUCAUCAAAAUGGAGUGUUCCUCGUCACAGAAAGUCUUUUUCCCAACCAGACCAUUCAAGAUCAUAUAGAAUGAUUGUGCCUCUCCAACGAGCCAAGGUACCCCCAACCAUAAUCGUCAUUUCAUCAAGGUAUAACAACAUCAAUGCCACAAAGCCAAAAGCAAUCGAUAUAUCGUCGUACCCGCCUCCAAUCCAGAACCCGAAGCUCGUUCUGACUCACGAUGUCGUUCGCAACACCAAGACUCUAGACUGCACGAUAUAUACCAGUCAAGAAGCCAGCCCUGCACGAGAGUAUCCUGCAGCUUUGAGGCCCUACGCUGAUACCACAAGCAAACGGCGCAACAAGGAUAUAAGUAUAAUUGUAGAGUUGCCCAUGGAGGAGUGUCAUCAAAUUUGGAGGCGUGAGGGUCAGAUCAAGAAGAUCCCAUUGUGGCAUUUGAAGAUUAGCGUAUUGAGAGAUUCACACAUCCGAGAAAACUGUCCUAGCAAAAGUUUUGUAUGUUGCCUCGUCGUCUUCCUGGAGUCACUCUUGACUGACAAUUGAAACUAGGCAUUUAUUUCCCAAGACACCCUCAACAAAGCAGCCUGCCAACUUGAAGCAGCAUUCAGCGACGUAUUCGAUAUAGAAAAACUUGAAGAAAUCCCCCUGGCGAAAGGAGCUAGAAUUGACAAUUGCAAACCCGAGAAUAUCACAAUAUCUCUCGCACCCGACAAGAUCAUCGCGGGUUGGGGGCAGUUCCUAAGUCUUCUAAGCUCCCUUGAAAGGGAAUGGGCCGAUGGGCGAACAGCCAUAACUGAAAAGGCCGCAUGUGAAUUGCCCUGACUUCUGAUUCAAGUAUGUCGUGAACAGCUUUACUUGUACUGUAUUUUUUAGGUGGAUAGAUACUAUGGUGUUUGAGCAACUCGGACUCUUAUCGUCAUGGUCCAGCUACAAGGUUAAUACUUCUAUCAAUUAGUAUAACGGGGUGGACUUUACGGGGAAAAGAUGGAGUUUUAUUCACGCCUAUUGAGUCUGGUAGGAAUCUUACACAAAAUUAGAAAACUUCAACCUGAUGAUCGAUCGUCACGGUGGUUUUCAGUUCGUCUCGAGUCCCUUUAAUUUUCAGCAGAGUUGUGUGAACAAUAAGCAGCUUUUUCGAUAUAUGACAGCCCUCAAGUCGCUCCCUGGCCCUGGACAGGGCCGAACGAAU